UUUUAAUUUUAUUAAUUUUUCUUUAUUAUUUAUUAAAUGUAUUAAUUAUACAAUUUUCUCGUGAAAUCUCAAAAUAUCGAAUAAGUCAUAUGCAUAAAGAAAUAAGUAUUGGCAUGAACGGAAAGUCGUUUGCAGUGGCUUCAUUGAUUACUUAAUUUAAUUUCUUUAACAACCGUUGGCAAAUAUAUUCAUUUCUUGUCAAUUUGACGUUGUUGUUUUUUUAAAUACUUGAAUUCAUGAUAUGAAUAUUCUAUUGGUAAAGACACAAUUGCGUAAUAAUAAUUGAUAACAUGAACUAUUGAUACUCGAAUAGAAAUUUGAUAACAUUUGGGAACAUUUGAGAAUUAGGAUUGCAAAUUAACUAUGGCAAAGGCUUCUGAAAAAGUUCUAUUGGGUUUUGUUGACGAACCUAUUACUGAAAACUGUUUAAACGAUGUGGACUUGAUAAAUAAAAUUGGAGAAUUGCCUAAUACCUCGAAUCAAAAUUUAUUGCCAAAAUGUCCCUUGUGCGAUCGGCAGAUACCAUUACUCAUGCAGAUAUAUGCACCUCUUACAAACUCUAUUUACCACAGGACAUUAUAUAUACAUGCUUGCGUUAACCCUGGAUGUUGGAACAAAUCGCAAAGUUGGAUAUGUUUGAGACGACAAUGGAUUUCUGUGAAUCAUAGUGAUGAUAAUCAACAGUUAACGACAACAUUCAUCGAAUGGUGUGAUAAUGCUGAUGACUGGGGCGUGGAACCUAAUAUUGAAGAAAAUGGUAAUGUUACUGUUAAAAGUCAAGCAAUUGAAAUUUGUGAUAUUGUAAGCGCGGAAUUAGAAAAUGCUGAUGCCGAUGAAAAUGUAGUAGCUGAACAUAUUGAAUUACCAAAUACUGAUGUUUUUCAGUUACUAGAUAGUAAAAAAGAAAUACCAUCAGAUCACCAUAAUUUGAAUAUAUACUUUGAACCAUAUUAUAUAUCAGUGGCUUAUGAAGAACUAUCAGAUGUAGUAAAAGAACGUGCAAUUAACUUAUUAAACAAUUAUGAAAAUAAUCAAAUGAUUCUUGAAGAAAAAAAUGAAGGUUAUGAAAAAAGUUUGCCCGCACAUGGUGAUAAAUAUUUUGAAACGUUUGCUUCAACAAUAAGAAAAAAUCCUGGUCAAAUAUUACGGUACUGUCGCUACAAAGGUAAACCAUUAUUUUUAUAUGAAGAAGAUGAACCAAAUAAAUGUAAACACUGUCAAGGAAAAUUGGUAUUUGAGUUACAAAUUCUUCCUUCUUUAAUUACAUAUUUGAAACUUAUAUGUGGUAAAGAUCAUCAUGGUAGUGGUCAUUUAGAAUUUGGAACAGCUUUAGUUUAUACUUGUGAAAAUAGUUGCUGGAUUGGAGAAGAUACUUUUAAGUAUGAAUGUAUUUUAGUUCAAGAAGAAAAAGUAUUUUAAUUGUAAUUUAUUUGUUUAUUAAAACACUAGUAAUUAUA